GCGUUUUAUUGCGACCUGCCGGUGGGAACUUUGUCUCCAAAUCGGAGCAGCAUGGAGCGGCGGAGCGAGAGCCCGUGUCUGCGGGACAGCCCCGACCGAAGGAGCGGCAGUCCCGACGUCAAGGGGCCUCCCCCGGUGAAGGUGGCCCGGCUGGAGCAGAACGGCAGCCCCAUGGGAGCCCGCGGGAGGCCCAACGGCGCCGUGGCCAAGGCCGUGGGAGGUUUGAUGAUUCCAGUCUUCUGUGUGGUGGAGCAGUUGGAUGGCUCUCUCGAAUAUGACAACAGAGAAGAACAUGCCGAGUUCGUCUUGGUGCGAAAAGAUGUGCUUUUUAGCCAGCUGGUGGAGACCGCGCUCCUGGCCCUGGGGUAUUCUCACAGCUCUGCAGCUCAGGCCCAAGGAAUAAUCAAGCUGGGGAGGUGGAACCCUCUCCCCCUCAGCUAUGUGACAGACGCCCCUGAUGCGACUGUGGCCGACAUGCUGCAAGAUGUCUAUCACGUUGUGACGCUGAAGAUCCAAUUACAAAGUUGCUCGAAGUUGGAAGACUUGCCCGCGGAGCAAUGGAACCAUGCCACGGUCCGAAAUGCCUUAAAGGAACUGCUCAAAGAGAUGAACCAGAGCACGCUAGCCAAAGAAUGCCCUCUCUCCCAGAGUAUGAUUUCAUCCAUUGUAAAUAGCACAUAUUAUGCCAAUGUGUCAGCAACCAAGUGCCAGGAGUUUGGGAGAUGGUAUAAAAAGUAUAAGAAGAUUAAAGUGGAGAGAGUGGAGCGGGAAAACCUUUCAGACUAUUGUGUUCUGGGCCAGCGUUCAAUGCAUUUACCAAAUAUGAACCAGCUGGCAUCCCUGGGCAAAACCAACGAACAGUCUCCUCAUAGCCAAAUCCACCACAGUACUCCAAUCCGAAACCAAGUGCCCGCCUUACAGCCCAUCAUGAGCCCUGGUCUGCUCUCACCCCAGCUCAGUCCACAGCUUGUCAGGCAGCAAAUAGCCAUGGCCCAUCUGAUAAACCAACAGAUUGCCGUUAGCCGGCUCCUGGCUCACCAGCAUCCUCAAGCCAUCAACCAGCAGUUCUUGAACCAUCCACCUAUCCCCAGAGCAGUUAAGCCAGAGCCAACCAACUCCUCUGUGGAAGUCUCUCCUGAUAUCUACCAGCAAGUUAGAGAUGAGCUGAAGAGGGCCAGCGUGUCUCAAGCUGUCUUUGCAAGAGUGGCAUUCAACCGCACACAGGGAUUACUGUCAGAGAUACUGCGCAAGGAAGAGGACCCCAGGACCGCGUCUCAGUCUCUCCUUGUAAACCUGAGGGCCAUGCAGAACUUCCUCAAUCUGCCGGAAGUGGAGCGUGAUCGCAUUUACCAGGACGAGCGGGAGCGUAGCAUGAACCCCAAUGUGAGCAUGGUCUCCUCUGCCUCAAGCAGCCCCAGCUCCUCCCGAACCCCACAGGCCAAAACCUCGACACCGACAACAGACCUUCCUAUUAAGGUGGACGGCGCCAACGUCAACAUCACAGCUGCCAUUUAUGAUGAGAUCCAACAGGAGAUGAAAAGGGCCAAGGUGUCUCAAGCCCUGUUUGCCAAAGUGGCUGCAAACAAAAGUCAGGGCUGGCUCUGUGAACUGCUUCGCUGGAAGGAGAACCCCAGCCCAGAAAACCGCACCCUGUGGGAGAAUCUCUGCACCAUCCGCCGCUUCCUGAAUCUUCCCCAGCACGAGAGGGACGUGAUCUACGAGGAAGAAUCAAGACAUCACCACAGCGAGCGCAUGCAGCACGUGGUCCAGCUCCCACCGGAGCCUGUGCAGGUCCUUCAUCGACAGCAGUCCCAGCCGCCCAAGGAGAGCUCCCCUCCCAGAGAAGAAGCGCCCCCGCCCCCUCCUCCAGCUGAAGACAGCUGUGCCAAAAAACCUCGGUCUCGCACGAAGAUCUCCUUGGAAGCCCUGGGCAUCCUCCAAAGCUUCAUCCACGAUGUAGGCCUCUAUCCGGACCAGGAAGCCAUCCACACACUCUCAGCCCAGCUCGAUCUCCCCAAACACACCAUCAUCAAGUUCUUCCAGAACCAGAGGUACCACGUGAAGCAUCAUGGCAAGCUGAAGGAACACCUGGGCUCUGCCGUGGAUGUGGCCGAGUAUAAGGACGAGGAGCUGCUGACGGAAUCAGAGGAGAACGACAGUGAGGAAGGCUCCGAGGAAAUGUACAAGGUGGAGGCCGAGGAGGAGAAUGCUGAGAAAAACAAGGCGGCGCCUGCAGAAACCGACCAGAGAUAAUGUGAACUCCACCAGGCAAAGCAAUAUAUGGGUCCAAGGACUUUCUGUUUUAGUUUCUUAAAAAAAAAAAAAAAUCUUCUUGGCUUUGUUUUAUUUUGUUUUGUUUUUAAAUGUCUGUUUUAUUUUUC